AUGGAUAUUUCUGUGUUGCUACAAGACAUUCUACAAAGUGAACAUUUCUCAAAUGAAGAUAACCACGGAUCUGCAAAACAAGACAAGCCCCAGAUCUCUCUGCAUGGUAUAUGUUUCAUUCUUAAUCUCAUAGGCAUAGAAAUCAAAGACGAAUGCUCAACAUGCAAAGUGUUUCUCUACAAACAAAUAGAAGACGCAUUGAUCAGAAAAUACAAGGAUGAAUACGGAAUAAGCAUAAGCCAAAGAAUAUACUCAAUAAACGAAAUCCACGGACUCAUUCUAUUUCUGUACAUGAAGCAGUAUGAAACAGCUGAUGUUGAUCCUGCCCUCGAGGCAUUCUUUGAAAAACUCUUCUUUAGCAGCACAGACACAAGCGAGUUAGAAAGCCUUCAAAAUGAGAACACAAGACUAAUCAAUGAAAACAAAGCACUUUCACAGAAAAUAGAAGAAAUGAACUGCACAAUCAUCGAAUCCUGUGCCUAUAAGGAACCGGUAGACGUAAAUACUCAGGUACUGCAUAAACUAGAGCAUGAACUGAUCAUACUGAAAGAGCAAGUAGAGUACGAACACACUGCGAUCUUGGAGGCAUGGUACCACUUGGCAAAGGACGCACUCAAGAAAUAG